AUGGAAGUACCGACCACGUUCUCCAUGGGCAUCGAUCUCUCCAUGUACGGCGAUCUUGGGUGUUCUGGAGCUUUGAGGAAAUGGCACACAAAUUACCAAUCACUCUGCAAUUCAACGGCGUAUUUCAGGUGUGAAUUGUGCAAGUACAGUACGACCACAAAAGGAAAUUUGAGCAUCCACAUGCAAAGCGACAAACAUCUUCACGCUGUACAGGAACUGCCGAGUAGUAUUGCGUCACUUUCCUGUCCACCGGCUCGGUCACCACCGUCGGACAACGAUCGCUCGCUAGUAUGUGUUGUGUGUGGCUGCUUCUCCAGUGAUGAUCUGGACGAGAUGAUCGCCCACGCUGAUAAGGACCGUUCGCGACCGUCGCAUGGUGACAUUUCGAUGAGUGGAGGGGUAUUUCGUUGCCAUCUUUGUCCGUAUCACACAAACCUGAAGGCGAAUUUCCAGUUGCACACUAGAACCGAUAAACAUCUACAACGAGUGCAAAUGGUGAGU